CACAUCACGACACACGACAAAAAAAUUCGUCUUAGUGCACAUAACCAAAAAAAUCAAACAAUAAUAUCUAAAACUAAACAAGUAUAACUUUUAUUUGGAGUUUUCUUUGAUUUUCAAAAAUGGAACAAUUUUUUACUCUUCCUUACUUCAUUUUAGAAGUUCCUCACAUGAAAAUUAAGAAGCCUUCAUGGGUAAAACAACCUUCGGCUAUGACGAUGUUUUCCAUAGUAUUAGCCUCGUAUUUUUUAGUUACUGGAGGUAUAAUAUAUGAUGUAAUAGUCGAGCCCCCGAGUGUCGGAUCCACAACAGAUGAACAUGGCCAUUCUAGACCUGUGGCAUUUAUGCCUUACAGGGUGAAUGGUCAAUACAUUAUGGAAGGUCUCGCAUCAAGCUUUUUGUUUUCAAUGGGUGGUUUAGGAUUCAUAGUUCUCGACCACAUUCACAAUACCAACACUCCCAAACUUAAUAGACUACUAAUUACAGCUGUUGGAUUUAUUUGUGUAACCGUUUCCUUCUUCACUACUUGGAUCUUUAUGAGAAUGAAGUUACCUGGAUAUCUUCAGUCUUAAAAAAUAGUAAUAUUAGAAAUACUCAAUGUGUACAUGUAAAAAUUAUUUAUACAAAAUGUCUAAGAUCUGUUUAACUUUUAACUGAAAAAUAUUUGUCAUUUUGCAAAUAUAAAUUUUGUAAUUUUC